CAUCCAUCCCGCUCCAUCCUGCAUCCGCCGAGCCACGGCUUCCCUGCCCGCCCAUCCAUCCGUCCAUCUAUCCUGCCCCGUCCUGCAGCCCUACUGAGUUGGUGCUUCCGGCCUGGCGAGCACCGUGCUCUCAGCUGGCGUGUGGUGACAGUUGCUUGGUUAAAUAAGAUCUUUAAUCUCCAAAGAUGACAGCUGUUGCAGUGCUAGAGGAAGUGCUGGUGUCAAUUGAGAAUGAGCUGCAAGCAGUGGAGAUGCAGAUACAAGAACUUGUGGAUAAGCAGCAAGAACUCCUUCAAAAAAAGACGAGAGUAAAAAAUCUAAUAAAACAGUCCUCAGGAGACUUGGAGGCAGGUGGAAGUAAAGACACUGAAACCUCAGCUGAGGAAUGGAACAAAAUAGAUUUUCCAUGGUAUGAGAAGCUAAAAACUGCACUGCAGAGCAAAUUUAAACUCCAUAAGUUUAGAUCACUGCAACUUGAGACAAUAAAUGCUGCAAUGGCAGGAAAGGAUAUAUUUCUUGUCAUGCCUACAGGUGGUGGGAAGAGCCUUUGUUACCAGUUACCAGCUGUCUGUUCUGAUGGUUUCACACUGGUGAUAUGUCCUUUAAUAUCUCUCAUGGAAGAUCAGCUCAUGGUUUUGGAACAGCUUGGUGUCUCUGCAGCUUUAUUAAAUGCUUCAAGCAGCAAGGAACAUGUGAAGUGGGUCCACAUGGAAAUGCUGAAGAGGAAUUCACAACUGAAGCUCAUUUAUGUGACCCCUGAGAAGAUUGCAAAGAGCAAAAUGUUCAUGUCCAAGCUGGAGAAGGCUUAUCAGGCUGGAUGCCUGGCUCGCAUCGCUGUGGAUGAGGUGCAUUGCUGCAGUCAGUGGGGCCACGACUUCAGGCCUGACUACAAGUCUCUUGGUAUCCUUAAAAGACAGUUUCCCAAUACUCCCUUGAUUGGAUUGACAGCAACAGCUACCAAUCAUGUUUUAAAGGAUGCUCAGAACAUUUUGCACGUUCAGAAGUGCAUUACUUUUACUGCUUCCUUCAACCGACCCAACCUUUACUAUGAGGUUCGGCAUAAGCCUUCAAAUAACGAAGAUUUCAUUGAGGACAUAGUUAAGACAAUUAAUGGAAGAUACAAAGGACUGUCAGGAAUUGUUUACUGCUUUUCUCAGAAGGAUUCUGAGCAAGUUACUGUGAGUUUGCAGAAACUGGGAAUCAAGGCAGGGACUUACCAUGCAAACAUGGAUGCCAAAUAUAAAACUAAAGUUCAUAAAGGAUGGGCAACAAAUCAAAUUCAGGUUGUAGUGGCAACUGUUGCUUUUGGCAUGGGAAUUGAUAAACCUGAUGUGAGGUUUGUAAUUCAUCAUGCUAUGAGCAAGUCCAUGGAGAACUACUACCAAGAGAGUGGACGUGCAGGUAGAGAUGACCAAAAAGCUGACUGCAUUUUGUAUUAUGGGUUUGGCGAUAUAUUCAGAAUCAGCUCAAUGGUGGUGAUGGAAAAUGUUGGCCAAGAGAAACUAUAUGAUAUGGUAUCUUAUUGCCAAAAUAUGAACAAGUGCCGCCGAGAACUCAUAGCCCACCACUUUGAUGAAGUGUGGGAUUCUGCAAACUGCAAUAGAAUGUGUGAUAACUGCUGUAGAGAGAAUGCAUGUGAGAAGAUGGAUGUAACAGGAUACUGCAGGGAUCUAAUAAAGAUCCUUGAGCAAGCUGACAGCAUGAGUGAGAAACUCACCCCACUGAAAUUAGUUGAUGCCUGGUCUGGGAAAGGUGUGUCCAAAUUCAGGGUGCCUGAAGUUACUCCACCCAAGCACCCUCGAGAGGAGCUGGAGAGAAUUAUUGCCCAUUUACUGCUGCAGCAGUAUCUAAAGGAGGAUUUCAGCUUCACAGCCUUUGCUACAAUAUCCUACCUGAAGGUGGGACCCAAAGCCUGGCUGCUGAAAAACGAGGGACAUGUCAUCACCAUAGAAGGGAUAAGAAACAGAAGUGUUUUCAAGGUCAAACCAUCUCAAUCUUCAGAUUCAAAAGGAAGCAGAGAAAAGGCCCAGACUGGAUCCAAGACUGUCCAAGAUUCAGUGAUGAAGAAAUCACAGGAACAUAAACGGCCCAGCUGUGGUUCUAACUUAAAAGCAAAAAAGCCUAAGCUUCAGGCAGGUGGAAAUGACCAACCACUAGUUAUUGACUGA